UCGUUGUCAAAAAGAUUGUUUUCAUCAAAUCGUAUUUAUGUUUAUAAAUAUUUCAAGAUGAAUUAUUUAAAGAAAACAUCUUGUUUUCGCAUUCUCAUGGUAUACCAUCUUUCAGAAAUCAUAUAACUGUUUUUUUAAAAAUGAGAUUCUCUACACAUAUUAAAAAGACACAAUUAACAUGUAUCACAUAAUUAGAGUAAUUUUAUACAGACUAUGGGUGGUUGCUAUGUUUAUUUUAUUUUCUAGUAUAAUAGUGUUUUGGUUUUAUGGAUCAGCUAUAGGCGCCAUCGUAUUUAUGCUGGGAUUUUCAGGAAUCCUAUAUAAUGCUCAAGAUCUUCUGUUGUACUACCCAAAUGACCCACCUGAUUCUAGAGCCUUUGUUUUACAUCCAAGUAAUUACAAACUUCCUUUUGAAAGUAUUAAAAUUAACAGCAAAGACGGAGUAAAAAUUCAUAUUUUCCUCAUUAAGCAACAAGACAAUAGUAAUAAUGUCCCUACAAUGAUAUUUUUUCAUGGAAAUGCAGGCAAUAUGGGUCAAAGACUAGCAAAUGUAUCUGGAUUUUAUCACAAGCUCAAUAUUAACAUAUUGAUGAUGGAAUACAGAGGGUAUGGCUUCUCAGAAGGGUCACCAUCAGAACAAGGAUUGUAUAUUGAUGCACAAACUGCCUUUGACUAUCUUAUGCAAAGAAGUGAUAUUGACAGGAAUAAAAUAUUCUUAUUUGGACGAUCUUUAGGUGGAGCAGUAGCUAUUGAUCUUGCUUCUAGAUUACAUAACAGAAAUAAACUUUGGGCAAUGGUAGUUGAAAAUACUUUUACAAGCAUUCCAGAUAUGGCUAAAAUUAUUCUCAAAUGGAGAUGUUUACUAUGGCUUCCACAAAUAUUUCAUAAAAAUAAGUAUUUGUCUUUAAAGAAAAUCGGGAAUGUUGUCACCCCAACACUAGUUGUAUGUGGUACAAAUGAUACUUUGGUGCCACCACCAAUGGCCAAAGAGCUAUACUUAAGAUGUGGUGCUGUCUGCAAGAAGAUAGCUGAAAUGCCUGGUGGAGGACAUGAUAAUACUUGGACAUGUCGAGAUUAUUAUUCUACAAUACAACAGUUUCUUGUGAAUUUGCCACCGGUAACAAAAAAUAUAGUCCCUUUUUUUGAUAGUGAAGGUGAGCCCCACAAAAUAGUACAUAUUGUAUAGCUUUCACAUUAUAAAACUAUUGUGAUAUCAUGUACAAAAUAUGUUUUUAGUUUUAUAUUUAUCUCUGAUUGCACAAACAAAAAUGUAUGAGGAAUUUUACUUGUUCCUAGUAUUUGUAAUUUCAUAGUAUCAAAAGAUUUGAUAUAAAAAAGUUUAUUUAACAGUGAAAAAUUUAUGUUUUAGUAGUAAAUGAUGUCAGUUUAUUGCACAAACCUUGAUAAUUAUAUAAUUUAGUUUAUAGAUUAAUAACUAGUAGCAAUAAUGCACACUAAAAUGUUACAAUUAUUUGCCACAAUUUUGUACUCUUUUGUCUGUGUAACCCAUAAUUCUUUAAAAAAUAUAUAUGAUAAUUUAUAUUUUUUUAAAGUUAAAAUAUGAUAAGUUAUAUUAUUAUUAUUAUUACUGGUUGUUU